AAAGGUGCUCUACAAACCGUAUUCACGAACAUGCCUCUUCACCGCUUCUACAUUCCUGUCGGAUUCUAUUCCAAAGAGGAUAAAGCCGCUGUUGUCAGAGCCGUCCAGCAGUGCUAUCCCCACAUACCCAAAUUCUACGUCGUCAUAAUCUUCAUCGAGGUGGAUAAGGAGAACUUCUAUGUCGGAGGGGAAGCCACCGACAACUUUGUCCGCAUAGUUGUGCAUCACAUGGCCGCCCAUUUCAGUGAUGAACGCAAGAAAGAGUUCAACGAGGAAUACAACAAGGCAUUGGCACCAUUCAUCAAGGCAAGAGGUGCUGACUGGGAGAUACAGAUUGCUGAGAUGGAUCGACGCAUGUGGGGGAUAAAUGGUAUAACCCCCCCACCGCGAAACUCGGAAGCGGAAGCGGUCUGGUACAAAGAGAACAGGCCCUCGGAAUACUAGAUUCUGUUAAAUGAAUGAUUAACCAUGCAUAACACACAAACAUACUUAACGGUCCAGACUAUAUUUGAUGAAAUCUGAUUCUUCAUAUUCGAGUUUCUAUGUCCGGGACUCUGGAAAGCGACUUUGAACGGUUAGCGAUGGUCCUAUUGCAUACGAUCAACAGUUUUGGUAUUCCAUGCCCCUCUGGAUAGACUCGGGACAAAUAAA